AUGCCUAGCGCGAAGAAGCCCCAAUGCUGUGACCCAUGCCGUGUACUUCACCAUAAAUGUGACGGAAUCUUGCCACAAUGCAGCCGAUGUGUUCGCACUGGUCGCGAAUGCACGCGAGGUAAAAAAGAAACCAAGUUCCGACAGGCAAAGGGUCGGACGACGCGCACCAAGUUUCCUAGCAACCAGGUUUGGCUUCGGCCACCACCUAGAGUUGACUUUGUACUCGAAAGCGGAAGUGAUCAAGUGGACAACUUGGCUGAGGCGACAACUAAUGUCCUCUCGCCUGCUGGGAGUUUGCAUAGUCCUGCCGACUCCAUUCCUAUACCAGAAAGGCUGUCUCCCGGGUCCUCACAUACCGCCCCUUUGCCGCAAUAUGCGUUCUCAAACUACCAAGUACAGACGAGAAGUAAUGUUGUUUCGCCAGCAGCUCAGGUGGUGGGUACACCUGAACGAUCGAGCCAGCGGCCAUGGCCACUAAGAGAUCCCGAGGAGGCGCGUUUGUUGCAGCAUUUUGUGGACAAUGUUGCACGUUUCUUCGAUUGCACGGAUCGCUUGCAACAUUUUGCCAUUCAUAUCCCUUACAGAGCACGCCAUUGCGAGACAUUAUUCAAUGCAAUAUUGGCCAUGUCGGCUCGUCAUUUGAAUCGCACAAAGGCCUUUGACCCUUUUGUGUCAGACCGCUAUUACCAAGCAUGUUUGGAGAAGUUGAUCCCCGCGUUGGAUGACCACGGUGUUACAAUGGAUGAUGAUCUGCUAGCUGCUACUGUCAUUCUACGCUUGCUGGAAGAAUUUGAUGUCCCACUUGCCGGGUCCGAUAUUCGAGGCCACUCCUUCGGGACAAAGGCUUUCAUACGGUCUCCAUCAUUGAUGACCACCACCCCGAGUCUACGGCAGGCUGUCUACUGGAGUGGCCUACGCCAGGAGAUUUACAAUGCCCUUAGCCUCCACCAAGCUCCAGACAUUGAGCUGAGGUCCUUGGACUGGAAUUCCCACUCCAACUCGUUGGGCCCUGAUGCAGGUGAUUGCGCGUGGGCGAAUCAUGCCAUCACCCAUUGUGCACACGUUUUGGUGUUUUGUUUCGGGGAGGGAAACCGCUCACCGGCCGUGCAUGCAGAUCUUAAAGCACAUAAUCAGCAAUGGAGUGAGACUCGGCCGGACUCUUUCGAUCCAUAUUUUGCGAGUGGAGACGGGGAGGUGGGAAAUGAAUUCCCAGACAUUCGUUACGGGUGUCCCUGGCAUGCAAUCGGCAAUCAAUAUAUCGAUCUUGCCCAGAUUCUACUUUCUGUGCAUGACCCAACUUUGCCUACAGCUGGACCUCUGCGCAGUCAUCUGAUCCAGGAGGCUGAUGGGGUUUGGAAAGUAUGUGGCGCUUCAUUAUCCAACGCCUCUGUGCCCCCAGCCAUGGUUGUCGGGUGCAUGGCCAUCCAUCUCUGCGGCGAUCGCUUCACGGACCCACAUGAACAGGACCAUUUGAUCCAGGUUCUUAUCCAAACCGAUAAACUCCACGGCUGGCCAACUCAUGCACUCCAGCGCCAGCUUCGGGAGACAUGGGGCAUGCGUUGA